AUGGCCGCCUGCUACAAUGCCUACAGCGCUGGAUCGCAGUCCUUUGACUUCGACGAGGACGACGACGACGCCUCCUUCGACAGUGGCUACGAGAAGAGUUUCGAGACGGAGGCCCAGUUGAGCUCGCGCCGCCGCCUGGACUUCGGCACUCCUCCGACUCCGGCGAUCCCGCAACCGUACUCCGGCGGCACCUGGGACGCCGUACCGCUCAGCUCUCCGCCGGCGGGCUUCGUGGGACUGCUCGAUACGAGCAGCAAUCACAGCACCCGGAGCGGCAGGACGCUGGUGGAGCAUCUGAACAGCCGGGCUCCCAAUGGCGCCUUCGAUCCGCCAUUGACUAGUACGCCGAUGAAGUCGCCAGAGGAUCCCGAUGCGCCGCGACCCAAACGCAAAUAUGCCGUCGGCAAAAACAGAGUAACUCGCUCGCGCAGUCCCACCCAAGUGGUGAAGAUCAAGCGAUUCCGCCGCAUGAAGGCCAAUGACCGAGAGCGGAAUCGGAUGCACAACUUGAAUGAUGCACUGGAGAAGCUGCGGGUCACUCUGCCCUCGCUCCCCGAGGAGACGAAGCUGACGAAGAUCGAGAUCCUACGAUUUGCGCACAACUAUAUCUUCGCCCUGGAGCAGGUGCUGGAAAGCGGGGGUUCAAUCAACCUGGACCUGGAGAAGCUGCAGAACUUCACGCUGAGUGGUGAGAGGAUUACCAAGGAGCUCUUCGAUGCUCUUUUCGUGAAUCCACAGCCGUAUCCCAUGUUCGGUCGAAUGUUCCCCUAUGGUCAGGGAAUGGCGCCUCUGGCCCAGCAUCAGACUGCUCCAGCUUCGCAUGCGGAACAGCCUCCGGCGAUGGGCGGCUUUCAGCACGGCAUGGAGUACCCGCAGCAGCUACCGGGAUUCGACUUUACAGGCAGCAUGCGGUUUUACCACCAACAGCAGCAUCAGCAGCAGCAGCCGCAGCCGCAUCAGCCUCACCAUCUGCAGCCUAAUCCCCAGCAGGAGUCCAGCCCGCAGCAGUUCUCGCAGGAGAAAUACGAUCUCUUCAGGGGAUCCUUCGAUGCAGCUGCCAAUCUUCAUCCUACUAACUUGGACUCUGGGAUUCACCAGCAGAGCAGCUUCUACUCGCAAACACCGCCGUGGAAGGACUAUCCGGAGGAUCAGGCUCAAGCACUUGCCGUUCCACAUCCACACAGCUACAAACACUUCGCCCCACAGGUGUAG